GUUACGCCCAGCGGUGACGCCCUUUAUUUCGUCUCCUGAAGUUGAGCCCUAUAAUAAAAAAAUCUGGUCACAUUGGAAUCGAAUUCAUUGGACGGUUCUCUCAAAUGGAAAAAAAUAAGGAGCAAGAUAAAAAUAAGCGAGAAAUAAUAACAUUUAAGUAUAUGAAAGUUAGACAUGUGAUUUUGGUCUUUAUACUUUGGACAAUAUGUCAUGUUCUAGCUUUCCACCAAAAUUUACUACCUUGUGAGCAACUUGGUGAUCUGGGUGAUUAUUUUUGUCAUCUUGCAAAAGAUCAUCAUCAUAGGCUAAAAAUAGUAUAUUAUGUUUUAUUGGCUAUUCACAUACUCGAGACAAUAAUUGCAUUAAAACUCAGCAGAGACCUGCAGUUCAAUGUUUUUGAUCAAAUGAGAUGGUCCUUGCAGACAUUUUACGGUGGAUAUUUCUCUCUUGGGCGUUUAGUAAGAAUGAAAGCUCGGGUGAAAAAGCAGAUGUAGCCUCGCAUGUUUAUGGAUAUAAUGGAUGAAGACCAUGAAGUGAAUAGUUUCAUACCCAGGCUUUCUAAUUGUAUAUUCAAAUUAAGAGAUGAAUACAAACAUUUUAGUUCU